AAUUGUGAAAUAGAGGAUUCAUAGAUAUGACUUAGUGAACCGACUAUUUUCGAAACUGCAACAACAUGAGGAAUGUUAAAACUAGAAAACAGGGAACCACAUUUCACAGCCCUACGAUGGAAGACGUUGACCAUUCAGGAGAAGGUAAAACUUCUGGAUGUGCUUCGGGAAGGAAAGCGUUAUGCGGACGGCGUUCGCCAUUAUGGCUUGAAUGAAUCAACAGUACGCUACAUGAAGAAGGAUGAAAAGAAUAUUCCCCAUUUAGAUGCAGCACGUCAGAGACUGAAGAGCAGGAUGAAGGCUAAAUUCUCUCAAGAAAGAAGUUGCCUCUUACCAUGUCACAAGCAAUUAGUUUCACCCAAAAAGGAGGAGGACCCCUCUCUGCUCCCCGUAAAAACAAUACACCGCCUCACAGGCCAGAGCCACAGCCUUCUCCUCUCUGCUGGGUGGAAGAACAACUCUCACGCAGUGGAAGUCCUCCAGACCCCCUGCCUUCAGACAAUAGGUUCCCUGGUUUUGGUCUACAUUCCUCGGUCCUCUGCUGUGGAGUCUACCUUCUGCUUCACCUCAUUCUGGAGCCACCCAUCCAGUCAGCGGCCCAUGUCCCCCUGGUUCCCUGUUUCCAGAGAAAAACCAAAAAACGCUGCUGUUGUUUAGUUUUCCUGAUUUCGUUUUGGACUGGAAAACCCAAGGACAAACGAUACAUGGACUUUUUGCAUUUGUUUGGCUUUAAUGUGUUUGAUAUAAAC